GCCCAAGCUUCCGGUUCCGGGAACACCCGCGCGCAGCAGUUUUGCUUCCGCGGUCACCGCGGGAGGCGCGCCAGUGACCCACGUUGUGGGCUAGAGUGGCGAGAGGAGGGUAGUGAGACGCGGUCAAGGUUGCGAGCAGCAUACGUUCUGGCAGUAGCGCCGAGGGAGGACACGGUCGCGGGGGCGAAGUGAGCCGCCCGGUGGCGCUCUAGUCGUGGUGGGACCCCUUUGAGGGAAGGAGCGGCGAGGAGGGCCUCCGCUUGGGUUCUGGCGCAUUGGAGCCCGGAACGACGCAGGCGGCAGUAGAGAUGGGGACGGCGAAGAGAUCUCCUGGCGGAGCCGGAGUGGUAAAGAGAUGAUCUAGAGAAAGCACAGCGGAGGGGGCAGUGUGGAGGGUCGUAGAGGUGAGGCGACGGCUGUACAGGGCACCGGACACGAAAGGCUCCUGUAGAUGAGCGUAGAUGUGAAGUAGCAAUGCAGAGGGCCUGAAGAGGGUUCGAAGAGAUAUUUAUGAGGGAGAAGUUGCAAGAAAGAAGUUACCUCGAGUGGGCUCUGUAGAGUGCUGUGCAGAGGAUCCCUAGAGUCUGAGCUAGUAAAGGCACCCGAACCAGGGACUGAAGGCAUUACAAACAGUGAUUUCCUCGAUUUCACUAGGAAUGUGGGUACUCCUUCGAGGCGGGUACCCCCUCCGUAUGCUGCUCCCCCUGCGUGCGGAGUGGAUGGGUCGGAGGGGCCUGCCCAGAAGCUUGGCCCCAGGCCCUCCUCGCAGGCGUUACAGGAAGGAGGCUCUCCCAGCCUUGGAGGUACCAGUGUUGCCCGUAACUGCAACUGAAAUCCGCCAAUAUUUGCGGGCACAUGGGAUCCCCUUCCAGGAUGGCCACAGCUGCCUGCGGGCACCGAGCCCCUUUGUGAAGGCCUUGGAGCUCAAGGACCAGAGUGGUGCUACUGCUUCCUUCAGCCUUUUCAUUGACAAGACCACAGGCCGCUUUCUCUGCAUGACCAGCCUAGCAGAGGGGAGCUGGGAAGACUUCCAGGCCAGCGUGGAGGGGCGAGGGGAUGGGGCGAGAGAAGGGAUCCUGCUCGGUGAGGCCCCAGAAGCCGAGGACAGUGAGGAGGUCCGGAGGAUCUGGGACCGAGCCGUACCUCUCUGGGAGCUGCCUGAGCCGGUGGAGGGCCAGCUGGCUCGUGUGAUGUUUGGCCUUACCAAAGUGACUGAUGACACGCUCAGGCGUUUCAAUGUGCGGUAUUUGUGGUCUGCUCGCAGCCUUGUCUUCCCUUGGCUCUCCCCUGGAGGUUUGGGAUUACGAGGCCUGAAGCUACUAGGUGCCGAAGGCCAGGGAGACGGAGUGCAGUAUAAGGAAACCACCAUUCCCCGGCCUGGUGUCUACUACAAUCUGUUUGGAUUACCACUGAUCAGUCGGCGAGAUGUUGAGGUGGUAUUGACGAGUCGUGAGCUGGACAGCUUGGCCUUAAACCAAGCCACAGGGCUGCCCACCCUGGCCCUGCCCCGAGGAAUAGCCUGCUUACCCCCUGCCUUGCUCCCUUACCUCGAACAGUUUCGACGUAUCGUGCUCUGGCUGGGAGAUGACCUUCGGUCCUGGGAAGCUGCCAAGUUGUUUGCCCGAAAACUGAAUCCCAAGCGAUGCUCCUUGGUGCGGCCUGGGGACCAGCAGCCCCGUCCCCUGGAGGCCCUGAACCGAGGUUUGAAUCUUUCUCGUAUUCUGCGGACUGCCCUGCCUGCCUGGCACAAGUCUAUCGUGUCUUUCCGGCAGCUUCGGGAGGAGGUGCUAGGGGAACUGUCAAAUGUGGAGCAGGCAGCUGGCAUCCGCUGGAACCGCUUCCCAGACCUCAAUCGUCUCUUGAAGGGACAUCGGAAGGGCGAGCUGACAGUCUUCACGGGUGAGCCCUUGGGAAAUCACUGCUUGGGGUCUGUGUUCAACCCCCCUGCAGGGCCAACAGGCAGUGGAAAGACGACAUUCAUCAGUGAGUAUGCCCUGGAUUUGUGUACCCAGGGGGUAAACACACUGUGGGGUAGCUUUGAGAUCAGCAACGUGAGACUAGCCCGAGUCAUGCUGACACAGUUCGCUGUGGGGCGGCUAGAAGAGCAGUUGGACAAAUACGACGAGUGGGCCGACCGCUUUGAAGACCUGCCUCUCUAUUUCAUGACUUUCCAUGGGCAGCAGAGCAUCAGGACGGUAAUAGACACAAUGCAACAUGCAGUAUACGUUUAUGACAUCUGCCAUGUGGUCAUCGACAAUCUGCAGUUCAUGAUGGGGCAUGAGCAGUUGUCCACAGACAGGAUUGCAGCUCAAGACUACAUCGUUGGGGCCUUUCGAAAGUUUGCAACAGACAAUAGCUGCCAUGUGACACUGGUCAUUCAUCCCCGGAAAGAGGAUGAUGAUAAGGAACUGCAGACAGCAUCAAUUUUUGGCUCAGCCAAAGCAAGCCAGGAAGCAGACAAUGUUCUGAUCCUACAGGACAGGAAGCUGGUAACUGGUCCAGGGAAACGGUAUCUGCAGGUGUCCAAGAACCGCUUUGAUGGAGACGUAGGUGUCUUUCCACUUGAAUUCAACAAGAGCUCUCUUACCUUCUCCAUACCACCCAAGAGCAAGGCGCGGCUCAAGAAGGUCAAGGAUGACAACGGGCUUGUGACCAAGAAGCCGUCCUCUGGCAAAAAAGGGGCUGUGCCCCAGAAUUCUGAGACUUGCUUGGGUCAGUCCCACCACCCCUAUCAGCCAGACGUCUCCAAGCCCUCAAGGUGAAAGCAGUGCAGAGCUGAACACUGAAAUGAGCCUGACAGGAUAGGCUGGGACACAGACUUUCUUAGCCCUCUGCUAAGGCUAUCUCUGUCCUGCAGUCCUAAGCUAAGGAUGCUCUCCAGUCAGAGGAGCCUAACCUAGAGCAGAGUUCCAUACUGAGAGAAUUCAAUUCAGCAAGAGAACUUCUGUGUGCCUGUACUGGGACUACAGCGCUGACAAGACAGAUGAGGACCCUGCUUCCCUAGAACCUGCAGUCUGGUAAAGGAGACAAGAAGAGUAAUAAACACAAAACGUGUUUUUUAGACAGUGAGAUAUACUAUGAAGAAAAAAGUCAUGCGAUAAUGCUUACAGGCUAGUUUAGAUUAAGGUCUAAACAGGUAUCUCUCAGCAGAGGACAUUGGAGCUGGGGUCUAAAGAACUAGGACUGAGCCAUGGGAACAUCUGGAGAAAGAGCAAUCCAAGCAGAGGGAAAAUUAGACACAGAGGCCAUGAGGUGGGAAUGAGUAAAUGGAGUUCAAAGCACUGAGUUCAGGCCCUCUGAACCUGGAAGGGAAUAGAGGACUUGCCAAAACUCCAGUCUAGGUUUCUGGAGCCAAAGGCUGACACGGUGGGUACCAGACUCCUCUGCUGCCCACUCUGGACCCUGCCACGAGGUAGCACUCGCCACCAUUGGAUCCUAGGUGCUUGGCCCUGUAAUAUCAAGGCCCCAGAGGUGGAAGCUGGCCAGAGAGCCAUGAAAGAAAACUGUGAGCUCAGAGUGCCUGCCACCUGGACAAUGAUUCCAUGUUAUGCUGCCUCAAAUGAUUGUAGAGCCUUUUCUAGUUUUACUGAAAAAAAAUUUUUUUCCAUUGCC